AUGGAUGUACCAGAGGGGAAUGGAAACCCUUUGGGCAAUGGACUCGGUCGAGCUAGGCAAACUCGACCGAUUGGUCAAGGAGAUGCUCCAAACCGCCACCAACAGAGACAAGGGAUUGUUCCACCACCAGUGCAGAACCACAACUUUGAGAUCAAGCUGGGAAUGAUCAACCUUGUCCAGAACAAGAUGUUCCAUGGAUUGCCAAGUGAAGACCCCAUUGACCACCUUGAUGAGUUUGAUAGGCUUUGUGAUUUGACAAAGAUCAAUGGUGUCUCUGAAGAUGCCAUCAAGCUGAGACUCUUUCCUAUGUCUCUAGCUGACAAAGCUCACCAAUGGGAGAAGAGCUUGCCCCAUGGCACAAUCACCACUUGGGAUGAAUGCAAGAAGGCCUUUCUUGCUAAGUUUUUCUCCACCGGUCGCACAGCCAAGCUUAGAGGAGAGAUAUCCAGCUUCAUCCAGCGAAACAAUGAGACAUUCGCAGAGGCUUGGGAGAGGUUCAAAGGGCUACACAAGUCAGUGCCCACACCAUGGAUUCAACAAUGA